AUGACGUUUUUCAUAAUUUGUGGACAGCCCGACUGUAAACAUUAUAAUCACGCAGCAUUUGUAGCCCAGUACCUGCACGAACAUCUGCCCAAUUUCGAAUAUAGAACGAUAGAAAAAUCGAAAAAAGACUGGCCCGUUUAUGUGACGCAGCUCAACAAAAACAACGGUUGGCACGUGGUCGAAAGUCCGAUAAUUUGGAAAGAAAUAACAUGUUGGGGCGGCAAACCUCAUUUGAUUGGUGGUUUGGGAGAAUUUUGGGAAUACUGUUUCUCCUAUUAUGGUUUCCAAUCGGCUAUACCCAAAGAAGACUUGGAAAAACUAACGCAACACAAUUUGAGAUGUUUUGAAGAAGAAGCCAGCUCCAACUCAAAAGAAUUUCGCAAAUAUAAUGUUGUUUUAGGUAUAUUAUGUAAUGAUCAAGUAGACUUUAUAGGGCAUUUUUUAAAUGACCUUCUUAGUAUUCCAUAUUUUAUGAAAGACAAAGGAUUUUUUGUUAAAAUUUAUAGAAAUGACAAUUUCGAUAAACAAGGAGACACCAAAUCUCUUCGACAAAUUGUACGAAAUUUAAAUUCCCAAUCACUUUUUGGUGAUCAGGAGGUUGCAGAUAUCGUUGAUACUCAAGAAGCAGCUAUUAAAGAUACCAAUCUACUAAUUUUUCUGGAAGAUUUUUCUAAAGCUGACGAGGAAUGGGUGCAAAUGCAAAUGUGUUCCAACAGAAUAACGACAUUAGCAGAAGACGUAAAUAUAUUUGCCAAAAGGGAUUUGAGAAUAAUAUUUUGCAAUGAAGGUCCAAUUUGUUUAAUGGCCACUUUAGCUAUAGAAUAUUGUAGUGUGCUGUUACCAACCAAUAUUGUAGCCUUAACUUCUGAUAAAGGCUUACCUGUAAUCAGUACAAUAUCAGAAAUGGUUAAUAUACCGGUAGCAAAUAUUGGCGCUCCGCCAGUUUGGGGGUUCAUUGGCCUCAACGAAUAUAUUGACGAAUCUAAUAUCGUUUUCAAAGCUAAUAUUUACAAACCCUAUAAAAGAGCCCUAACUGCUCCAGAUAAUUCCACACUUCCUUUAGGCACUGUUGUUUCUGAGUUACGAACAAUGGCAUACUUACUACCAGACAAGCACGAGGAAAUUACUAGCAGAGUUGAAGAGAGAAAAAAGAAUAUUUUAUCAAAGUUGGGCAGAAAAUCAAGAUCAGCGAGACUAAGCGCUUUAAGAAGCCUAAUAAAUACAUGGUACGCAGAAGAAGUAUUAGAUGACAUAAUAUUUUUGGGAGUAUGGUCUAAUGGAUGCUAUGGAAUACCACCAGGACUUGUAUUUUCGCAACCAUGUAUUCUGGAUGAAAGACGAAGAUGGAAACCAUUUCGAAAUUUUCCUUUGGUUAGUGAUGCCAUCUUGGCAAAAAUACAAACAUUUGUAGAAGAGACGAAAGAGAGAUUAUCUAUAUGUUCUGAGAAUCAAGAGAUGACAGAGAAAAAUUCUAUAUGUUCUGAAAAUCAAUGA